GGUGUUUUAGAAUAGUUAGGGUUCUUCUUUUCCUAGAUUCUUUUCACCCUCGAGCCGACUUAGACCCGUCCUCGUCAAUAACUUCUCCAAGAAAUAUUAGUUCUUCAGACGUAAUUAGUUACUUUUGAGGAUAUCCAACAAAAUGCCUGCAAAGAGAGAUAAGGAGUUAGAAGCUCAGGCCUUAGACUGGGUUGAGGCCAAUUUAGGGGAACCGGUCGACAGGAAAACCCCAUAUGAGGAUGUUCUGAGAGACGGAAUCAUCUUAUGCAAGUUGAUGAACAAACUUAUGCCUGGAUGCAUAAAGAAGAUCGACACGAAAGGGGGUGGUUUUGCCCUCAUGCAGAACAUUGAACGUUUUCAGGAGGCAGCCAAAAAAUACGGUGUCCCCGUUAACGAGGUCUUUCAAACCGUAGACCUGUGGGAGAGGAAAAACAUUCCCCAGGUCACUCUCUGUAUCCACGCCCUAGGACGUGUGGCACAGACACGACCGGACUACAAGGGGCCUGUGUUAGGUCCAAAGAUGGCAGAAAAACAGACUCGGGAGUUCUCGGAAGAUCAACUCAGGGAAGGAAGAAAUGUAAUUUCCCUACAAUACGGAAGUAACAAGGGCGCAAGUCAGGCGGGACUUAACAUGGGCAAGCAGAGGAUGAUCAAUGAUUGAUGCGCAUGCCCAAAUUUCCAAAGUGACAAAUGUGAAAUGACGUUGACUAUUUUUUUUAAUUUCUUAAACUUUUUUUGUUUCAUUAGUUAUUUAUUCUUUACAUAUCAGAUUAUUUUUCAUUUAUGUGUCUAGACAAUUUAUAAACUGCCUUGUGUCGUAUGUAUGCAUAGAGAAUAUAUAAUUAUAUGGAAUAUUUGAAGUGAAUUAAACACUAUCAAAUGAUG